UGUCAUUCAGAUUUUGUCGAACGGUAGUCGGUAGUUACCAUUCGAUGCCGAGACUUACGCCACUCAGAGGCAAAUGUACCGCUAUUUUUUUCGCGAAGUAUUUAAUUUUUUCGUAUUUCGCGAAUUUGAAUUUCGUUAACUUAUUCGAUCGUCGUCGGGUAAAUAAAACACUCGAGUUCGUUUUGUAGAAUUUUUUAAACCGAUGUGGAGUUGGAGUUUUCGCCGGUAUUAAUUAUUGGAAUUUUUCCGUUUUCGCCCGAGUCGAGUCGCCGGUUCAUGAUUCGUAUUUCGGUACAAAGCAUGCGAUUCCGCGAUCGUUAGGACACUCUUACUUGAUGCAACAUGAGAAAACUCGUUGUUAGCACAGCUGUUCAUUGAAACUACACGAUUUUCUCAACACAACUGAGCAAUGAAAUCGCCAGGCAAUUUCAAGCUUUGAUAUUAGAAAAGUUAUCCAUUCCACAAGGUGUGCGAAAUCAUGACGUCGAUAAAAUGAAUCUCAAUAUUUAACGACCAUCAUCGUGAAGAUGAAUCGUAACGUAACCAAUCUACUGGCAAGUGCGAGUGCUUUGCAAGAUAACACCUUUAACUAUAUAUCGGACAAUGGAAGCGAUGAUGGGAAUCAGACCGAUGAGUAUACCAUACUUAGUCGAGAAUUCGUCGAAGAUAAGCUAGUGCAGAUUAUUUUCUCGAUGAUAUAUACGACCAUCUUUGUUCUUGGAUUGACUGGAAAUAUGUUGGUGUGUUUUGUGGUCGUUCGAAACAGAGCCAUGCAUACGGUCACUAAUUUAUUCAUCACCAAUUUAGCACUAUCUGAUAUACUGUUGUGUAUUCUGGCUGUACCUUUCACACCUCUGUAUACGUUUACAGGGCAUUGGUCUUUCGGACGUCUGCUAUGCCAUCUGGUGCCAUUCGCUCAAGGCAUCAGCGUAUACGUAUCGACGUUGACACUGACCUCGAUAGCAGUGGACAGAUUUUUCGUCAUAAUCUACCCGUUUCGACCACGCAUGAAAUUAUCAACGUGUAUCGCCAUCAUCAUCACGAUAUGGAUAUUUUCGAUAUUAAUUACGCUUCCGUAUUGUAUAUACAUGUUUCAAAAGCCUAUAAACGGCAAGUAUUACUGCGAAGAACAAUGGCCCAUCGAUAUCGUCGGAAUGAUAUACGGAGGCCUUACAGUAAUCCUGCAGUUCAUCAUACCAUUUUUUAUAAUAGCAUUUUGUUACAUAAAAGUAUCGCUUAAAUUAAACGACCGAGCCAGGAGUAAACCGGGUUCAAAAAAUACUCGUAAAGAGGAAGCGGAUCGCGAACGUAAAAGACGAACGAAUCGAAUGUUGAUCGCGAUGGUGGGCAUAUUCGGACUAUGUUGGUCGCCUUUGAACGGUAUUAAUCUGCUGAACGAUAUAUUUCCGCAUACCGGUCAUUGGAAAUAUUAUUAUUUAACGUUUUUCGUGUCGCAUGCUUUGGCUAUGAGUUCGACUUGUUAUAAUCCGUUUUUAUACGCCUGGCUCAACGAUAACUUUCGUAAAGAGUUCAAACAAGUGUUACCGUGUUUCAAGAACUACAGACGCUUUCCCGGAUCUCAGAAUAGUGGCAGGGUUGGCUGGAGAUCGGAGAGGACUUGUAAUGGUAACGAAACCUGCCAAGAGACUUUGCUGCCUACUUCUUCUGUCGUCAUGAACACCAGCCGCCAGACGGAGAUGUCAUCUGUUGAAAUGGAUGGACCUAGAACGAAAAAUUGGAGCGGGAAGAAUCACGACUCGGUGGAAAUAAUGUUGGUGGCGUUUCCUACCAAUGAUGAUAAGACUGCGGCCAAUUUUACAACAACGUUAAAUAACGACGGGCAUAAGUAUAAAAAUGACAUCGUAUUGCAAACCAUCGGCAUCGAAGAAAAGCGCACGCAACGAGUGUAAACGUACUGAGAAAAAUUUCGUUUCAAUUAUCGCGACUGUACGGGAAUUGUUCGAUGAAGUUUUUCCCCCUUCUUCUUGUUUUAAUUUUCUAAUCAGCUAUUUUUUUUUUACAUGCAUGCGCAUCUUUAGUAUAUAUUUUCUUUUCCUGUGGACUGUUUGCGUAUAAGUUGAUUUUCUUCAUUAUUCCUAUAUCUUCUACGUAUGUGUUUGUGUCAUCAAGCUUUCUGUAGAAUUUUAACAGAUCUUCGUUAUUUUCGAAAUUGAUGUUUUUUUUACUCGUAUAUUUUUAAUGUAUUUUUUUAUACUGCUGAACUUUUGUAUGUACUAAUAACUUUAUAUCGGUUGAUAUUUUACCUAUCAAUUUAAACCAAUGAUUUUUAAUCUACCUAUCUGCAGGAAAAAAAUUAAUGUAUUGUUCUGAAAUGCUGCCUGUAUCUAUUUUAGAAUUUAUAUUACCUACCUACCUAGAUUGUGCUCAUAUUUCUAUUACCUGUAUACAUUCGCAAAAAAAAAUAAUAAUAAUGAAUCUAAUCGAAGAAAUAAUAUAAUUUCCAGAAUAUUGAAUAACUUUCGAUACAAAGAGCCCUUGUAUCGAAAGCUAUGAAAUAUUCUCAUUUUUCUAUCAAGUAUAUUAUAAUGUUUGUAUUUGUGAUUCGAUCGUUAUAUUAUAAUUUAUUGUAAAUACGACGCGACGGCGAUCUUUUAUACGCAAUAUGUACUUUCAAGUAAUGAAAAUUGUGUGAUUUGUAUAAAAUUUACGUACGUUGUAAUGUAGAAAUGUUUUUUUUUUUUUUGUAAAGUUACCAUUGUAAUAUUCUCGCGCGUAAAGUUACUUAAUAAAUUAUUCAAAAUGUCGUUUAUUUGGUAAAUGACGUGUUAAAACGUA